ACAAUUCGCUCAGUCGCUACAUCCGUAGAAGGUAUAUCCGCAUUCGCAAAUUGAGGCACCAUGUCUGGUCGUGGCAAGGGUGGCAAAGUCAAGGGAAAGGCGAAGUCCCGUUCCAACCGGGCAGGACUGCAGUUCCCCGUGGGUCGUAUUCACCGAUUGUUGAGGAAGGGAAAUUACGCCGAGCGCGUCGGUGCCGGUGCGCCGGUCUACCUGGCCGCGGUCAUGGAAUAUCUCGCCGCUGAAGUGUUGGAGUUGGCCGGCAACGCCGCUCGUGACAACAAGAAGACUAGGAUCAUCCCUCGUCACUUGCAACUCGCCAUCCGCAACGACGAGGAGUUGAACAAGCUGUUGUCCGGUGUAACCAUCGCUCAAGGUGGCGUUUUGCCCAACAUCCAAGCCGUAUUGCUGCCCAAGAAGACCGAGAAGAAAGCAUAAUUGUAAUUCGGCAUCCAUCGCAAAUGGCCCUUUUCAGGGCCACAAAA